AAAAUAAAUAAACUCUCUUCUUCUUCUCUUUUUCGUUCGCACAAAAGAAAGAAAACGAAAAAACGGCAUCUUAGGGUUUUCUCACUCAUCUCGACGCCAUCAUCAACUCGUCUUUCUCUCUCGCUGGAUAAAGUAAUGGAAGAAGGAAAACAUAAAUCGAGUGAUUCUAAGAGGAGUCAUCGAGAUCGUGAUAGAACUGGUGAAAGAGGUAAAGAUAGAAAUGAUGGAAGGCACAAAGAUAAUAGGGAGAAGAGGGAUCGUGAGUCUCGAAGACAUGACAGAGAGAAAAGUACUGAUUCUGAGGAUAAGCAUGAUAGAGACAGGGAGAAGCGCAGAGAUGGUAAAGAGAAGGAUAGGGCACGGGUUCAUGAUGUCGACCGAGAAAAGAGAGAUAGGAAAAGGGAAAGAGAUAGAGAAGAGAAAGAAAAAGAGAGAGUAAGAGAGAAAGAAAAAGAGAGAGAAGAGAAGGAAAAGGAGAGAUUAAGGGAGAAAGAAAGAGAUAGGGAAGAUAAGGAAAAGGAGAGAAUGAGGGAGAAAGAAAGAGAGAGGGAAAGAAGGGAGGAGAAGGAGAGGAUUAGAGAGAAAGAAAGGGCAAGGGAAAAGAGGGAUCAUGAGAGAGAGAAGGAAAAAGAAAAGGAAAGAGAUAAAGGCAGGAGAGGACGGGAACGAGAGCGGGAGAAGCAUAGAGAUGUUGAUAGCGAUAACAGUGACGGUGAGUUGAGGGAGAGAAAUAGAAAGCGACAUAAGAAAGACGACGACAGUUAUAAGGGGCGGGAGAAGGAAAAGAGUUCUAGCAAGUCAAACAGGAAAGUUGAUGGAAUUAACGGAAGCCCUAGGAGAAAGAGCGAUGGAGAUGACUCUGAUUCCAAAGAGAAAGAGAAAAGACUUACCCAUGAGGAGGAAAUGGAAGUUGAACAAAAGAGGUUGGAUGAUGAAAUGGAAAAGCGGAGGAGGAGAGUUCAAGAGUGGCAAGAGCAAAAGAGGAAGCAGGAAGAGGCAGAAAGAGAAAAACAAGGUGAACUAGAGUCUGGAAAGGCAUGGACACUUGAAGGGGAGGAAUCUGAUGAUGAAGAUGGAACAGGUAGACAUACGAGUAUGGAUGUAGACGAAGACGACAAACUUGCUGAUAAUGAACCUAGGGAGUCAAUGGUGGUAGAUAUUGACAAUGGAACAGUUGCAUCCGAUUUACAGAAUGGAGAUGCUGGUGCUCCUGCAGACGAUGAGAUCGACCCAUUGGAUGCUUUCAUGAAUUCUAUGGUUCUUCCUGAGGUUGAAAAGUUGAACAAUGCUGUUAACUCAACACCUUCUGAUAAAGCUUCUGACUUGAAACCUAAGGAUAAAGAGGACGAGCGUAGUAAUGGUCGACAAUCAAGGAAAGGUUCAAAUAAAUCUAUUGGCAGGAUAAUUCCCGGUGAAGAGUCCGACUCAGAUUAUGCAGAUCCUGAUGUUGAGGGGGAUCCAUUAGAUGAAGAUGACGACGAGUUCAUGAAGAGAGUAAAGAAAACAAAAGUUGAAAAGCUUUCUUUAGUUGAUCACUCAAAGAUCGACUAUAUACCAUUCAAAAAGAAUUUCUAUAUUGAAGUGAAAGAGAUCUCAAAGAUGACUCUUGAAGAAGUUGUAUUAUACAGGAAGCAGUUAGAGUUGAAGAUACAUGGAAAGGAUGUGCCCAAACCUGUAAAGUCAUGGAACCAGACUGGACUUACUAGCAAAGUUUUAGAGACAAUAAAGAAGGCAAACUUUGAAAAGCCAAUGCCUAUUCAAGCUCAGGCGUUGCCUGUAAUUAUGAGUGGUCGAGAUUGCAUAGGCAUUGCCAAAACCGGGUCAGGUAAAACACUUGCUUUUGUUCUGCCAAUGUUGAGGCAUAUCAAGGAUCAGCCACCAGUUGUUGCAGGAGAUGGACCUAUUGGGCUUAUUAUGGCCCCUACAAGAGAACUUGUUCAACAGAUUCAUAGUGACAUAAAGAAGUUCACAAAGGUAAUGGGUAUCAGGUGUGUUCCUGUCUAUGGAGGUUCUGGUGUUGCUCAACAAAUCAGCGAGUUGAAACGUGGUACUGAGAUAGUAGUUUGUACUCCAGGUAGGAUGAUUGACAUACUGUGCACCAGUAGUGGAAAAAUAACUAACCUGCGUAGAGUAACUUAUCUGGUCAUGGAUGAGGCAGAUCGGAUGUUUGAUAUGGGUUUUGAACCACAAAUCACAAGAAUUGUUCAGAAUAUUCGGCCAGAUCGUCAAACCGUUCUCUUCUCUGCCACUUUCCCACGCCAGGUUGAAAUUUUGGCUCGCAAGGUUUUAAAUAAACCCGUUGAAAUACAAGUUGGUGGGAGGAGUGUUGUGAACAAAGAUAUAGCACAGUUAGUUGAGGUGAGGCCAGAAAAUGAGAGGUUCCUUAGACUCUUGGAACUACUUGGAGAAUGGUAUGAGAAAGGAAAGAUUUUGGUAUUUGUCCACUCACAGGAUAAAUGUGAUUCAUUGUUCAAGGAUCUAAUGAAACAUGGCUAUCCAUGUCUUUCUCUUCACGGGGCUAAGGAUCAGACAGACCGUGAAUCCACAAUAUCUGAUUUUAAAAGCAAUGUCUGCAAUUUGUUGGUUGCAACAAGUAUUGCUGCCAGGGGAUUAGAUGUCAAGGAGCUCGAAUUGGUGAUCAAUUUUGAUGUUCCAAACCACUAUGAAGAUUAUGUACAUCGGGUUGGGCGCACUGGCCGCGCUGGCCGAAAGGGUUGUGCUAUCACAUUUAUUUCUGAAGAUGAUGCAAGAUAUGCACCAGAUCUGGUGAAAGCUCUGGAGCUAUCUGAGCAGAUUGUUCCUGAUGAUCUAAAAUCCCUCGCCGAUGGCUUUAUGGCAAAAGUGACUCAAGGAUUGGAGCAAGCCCAUGGGACUGGUUAUGGAGGCAGUGGCUUUAAAUUUAAUGAAGAGGAAGAUGAGGUGAGGAAGGCUGCAAAGAAAGCUCAAGCCAAAGAAUAUGGAUUUGAAGAAGACAAGUCAGAUUCUGAAGAUGAAGAUGAUGGUAUUAGGAAGGCAGGAGGUGAUAUUUCACAGCACCCUGCUCUUGCUCAGAUUCUUGCUGCGACCAAAGCUCCUCCAGUGCCUACUCCUAUCUCUGCAACCCAACUGAUUUCAAAUGGUGGGCUACCUAUUUCUUUGCCAUCUGUUGUUGGUCUCCAGACUCCAACAGUCUUGCCUGGUACAGGGCUACCCCUUGCUACACAUGACGGGGCAGCUCGAGCUGCAUUAGCUGCUAUAAACCUGCAGCACAACUUGGCAAAAAUACAAUCUGAAGCAUUGCCAGAGCAUUAUGAGGCUGAGUUGGAAAUAAAUGAUUUCCCUCAGAAUGCUCGCUGGAAAGUCACACACAAGGAAACUUUAGGCCCCAUUUCUGAGUGGACCGGAGCUGCUAUUACCACAAGGGGACAAUAUUUCCCACCUGGCAAAGUCGCAGGACCUGGGGAUCGCAAACUCUACUUGUUCAUUGAGGGUCCUAGCGAGCAGUCAGUUAAGAGAGCCAAAGUAGAAUUGAAGCGUGUUUUGGAAGACAUCACUAACCAGGCUUUGCAACUACCUGGUGGAACUCAACCGGGCAAAUACUCUGUUGUAUAAAAGUCAAUCUGGAGCGAAAAUGAGACACUGUUAAACACUCUUGUCUCGCACCCCAAUCGGGGACAAGUUGCGCAUAUGACUGCCAUGCAGCUCAUACAGGUAUGAGUAUUAUUAUCAUGGAAAGUAAACUGAUUUUUUUUCUUCUAAUUUUGCUAUGUGUUUGCUUAGUAUUGUAAAUUCUUCUAAAUUCUAAUACUACUUUGCAUACCAUCUGAUGCUGUUUGUUUUUAUUAAAUUUUAAUUGCACAACUUUUCUAUCCUCUUCAUGGUUUCUUUUUUGUUCAUCUUCCGCUUUGAUGCAGCUAGGUCUUUCAAGCCUAAUCUCGUAUAUUCAAAUAUUGUUCCGUCCUUGCACUUGCUUCGUGGAUGUCUAAGGUGCCAGUCAUGACGCAAAAUUUUUCAUCUAGUUCCUACUUGAUUUCAAGCUAACAUCCUUGAAAUACUGAUUUUUUUUUUUCCAUGUUAUUCCUUGUCCUCAAGUUGUGAGAUAUUUAUGCUAUUAUUUGUUCCUUUAUCUGAUUUUAUGUGUGUAUUUUUCAGGUUUUGGUUCGAUGACCGUUUGUCUUGAAAAGGGAUACAAAAUGUGGUUCACAUCUCAUGUAAUUGGGGAGAUCACACAAUUCAGUGAUUUACGUAUUUUCCUAACUGCAAUGAUUUGGAUUUCAGCACAUGUACACCAUAAAACAUAUCUUUAUAUGAAAUUUACCAUUUAAUGGAUAUGUCUAUCAUGGUAUCCAAAUCAUCAGUUUAGGCUCAUAAUUAAGUCAUGGCACUUUGCACUUGUCCUUGUUUUUUGUGAACUCAGCAAUUCUAUAUUUUGUGUUGUAAUUCAAAUCUGUCAAAUUUUAUUUGGUUUGCUGAAA